GCGUGUGCGAGUGGGGAGAGAGAGAGAGCAGCUUCUGAGAAGCGGACUGUUGCUGGCUUGCUUGCUUGCUUGCUUCCUCCCCCCACCCCGGCUACACUUUAUCACCCACCUUCUUCCUCCCACCAGCCCACACGCGCGAUUUGCUUAAGAACGGCGCGGGGUGGGGGAGUGUUGAAAUUAGCAAGAAGUGGUAAAUUGAUUAAGACCAGUUUCCUCCUGCGAGAGAGCGCGCGCGAGAGCACUUGCAAAGAGGAGCGCGGGAGGGGGAAGAGCUAGAGCGAGAACCGAUCGCAGGCAGCCCAGCCCCUGUAGAGCACAGGAGCUUGCAAAGGAGGGGUGGGAAGUGAGCAUUGCUGCUGGUAGCGGCUCAGUUAGCUGCCGUUUGCAACGGUGAAGAAUUGAUCUAGCCACUAGCGGGGUGCUGGGUGUUAGGCGGGGUGUUCCUGCGGCUCCUCGGCGACGUGCAAAGCGCUCUCCUUGAUUGCAUUUGACUUGCAAUGCCGGCAAACCGUGCACAGGAUGAAAUCAGGUCACUCUUCUAGAAUGCCAGAGGAAAGUUCCCCACGGAAGACUCCCCAGAAUGUCCCAUAUCGGGACCUUCCUCAUCUGGUCAACGCUGAUGGGCAGUACCUUUUCUGCAGAUACUGGAAGCCAUCCACCCCACCAAGUUGGCCAUGGGCAGAGUGAAGGAGACCGUAUGGUUGUGUCAGACUUCCAUGUGUUUGUCAGAGACAGCUUGCAGCACAUUGACCUCAUGAAGAAAGACCACCCAGGCCUCCCUGUGUUCCUUCUAGGGCACUCCAUGGGAGGAGCCAUCUCCAUCCUCACCGCGUGCGAAAGACCAAAUGACUUUUCAGGCAUGGUAUUAAUUUCUCCUCUAGUAGUUGCAAGCCCAGAUGUAGCAACACCGAUCAAGGUUUUUGCAGCUAAAAUACUUAACAUAGUUCUGCCAAACUUGUCCCUGGGAUCUAUCGACCCAAACGUCAUUUCCCGGAAUAAGAAAGAGGUUGACUCUUACACCACAGACCCGCUGGUUUACCAUGGCGGCAUGAAAGUCUCCUUCGUCAUCCAGUUGCUGAAUGCCAUUGCCAAAAUAGAGCGUGCACUCCCCAAACUGACUCUUCCCCUGCUGGUGCUCCAUGGUUCACCUGACAAACUCUGCGAUAUCAAAGGCUCUUAUUUGCUGAUGGAUACGGCACCAAGCCAGGAUAAAACUCUCAAGGUGUAUGACGAGGCUUACCAUGCCCUCCACAAAGAGCUUCCUGAGGUGACUGCAUCUGUCCUUAAGGAAAUACAGUCGUGGAUUAGUCAGAAACUCUCUGCAGCUGCUGAAGAAGCCCGUCACUCUUAAAGAAAAGCUGGCUUGAGACCUUCUUAAAUGGUUGUUGGGCUAUUCCGGGAAGAUAUUUUUUCCUUUUCUGUUUUUUGCAACCUCUUUUCGGGGGCAAAAAUGUUUCUCUUAAAGGGACUCCUGAAACACGUUAUUUUUAAACAGACAUUUCCUGUGGCGUUGUGGGGAGGGGGGUUGCCACGCAGCCGUUUAAAGGGCACUUUCUUCCCAGGAGAAAGAGCUAUGGGAAUGUUGUAUCAGUACAGACUUCCCGGCUGGGGGUGCUGCUUUAAGGGACUUCCUUGAAUCCCCCCUCAAAGCCCACAACACUCUCUAAACAUGUUCUUUGUUGUCCAGGGAGUUCCUGAGGUGCUGAGGUAUUUUUUUCCAUUUUUUAAUAUUGCAAUAAUCUUCGGAAUGUUUUAAAAAAUAAUUGGCAUCUUCCAUGUCAUUCAGUUUCUACUCUUGCCAGGUGACAAUUCCUCCCUCCUCUACUUCCAAGGUUACAAAACAGACCCAAAGGGAAACGUCGUUUAUCAGAUGGAGAUGGAGCUAGGAAGGAAGUUAGGCUGCUGGCGGAGUCUCUUCCUGUGUGAAUUCAGGCCAUGACUGUGUUUAGAUUUAGGGUCAGGCCAGGCCGAAAGGGCCUCUCAGCCCUCAGGGCUUUGAGAACAAGGAGGAGUCCAGCAGGCCACAGGAACAGCGCAAGCAGCACUCUAGAUGUAGCGCUGUUUAGUGAUCAGCCCCCAAAAUGACGCCACUGAGGAACAGGACUAACAGAGAAGUCUACAAGCCUUAAGGCGUAGACUCUUAAGCACACAAAAGAGAUGCUGGUGAUGUUACUUCUGCUUCCAGAAACCAAAUCCUUCUUCUGUGCAAGAACUGUAAUCUGUAAAUACGCGUAGGGGCUGCUUUUCUUGUUAUUUGUGUUAACUGAUAACUUAAGAUGUAAAGUCAAAAGUUAUAUUUAAAGAAAAAUAUUAAAUAUAAUAUAUAAUGUCUCUAUAGGUCAUUCAGAGGUAUCUAGAGGAGGAACAGAGUAUAGAAUGAAGGCAGGGGAUGUCACUUCUGCAACGUGUGUCCCUUUAGGGGAUUUCCAGGCGGCACAAGUUUAACUCUGCCAUAUGAAUGCAAUUGCCACUUGAAAACCAGGGAGUAGCCACCCGUUGCUUUUCCACAGUUCUCACACUCCUAUUCCUCCUUUUAAUUAGGAUGGACCAGACAGAAACAACUUGCCUUUGGGGUAGGGUAGUGUUUGUCUCCCUAUUCUUUUAUUCUAUCCAUGGUUGGAAGGAAAUAAGGGGAAAGAGUGAAAGAAAGAAGCCAAAGUAAUGGAAGAGUCAGGGACAGGAGGCAAUUGUAAAAGUUACUGGAUUCUCAGAGGUACGUGGGGGCCCUGGAAGCUUGACUAGCAGAGUACUAGGGCUAGCAUUUUUUGGCAAUACUUACUUGAGGCGGGGAAAAUGGGCAGUGCUAAGAAUUGAAAAGAGCCACCUGUUGGGUGAAAGUGCUUGUCGCAUAUGAGGAAGAUAUUUACGAGGGGCGAGGAAAUGGAUAAAAUGGGCUGUUUAUGGUACGCAUCUCUGAGGGAGGGGAUUUGAGAGCAAGGUAGUUAUGUGGAAUCUUAAUUGCAACAACUUUGGGGUAUUAGCUUUCACUGAGACUAGCUGCUUGGCCAGCCCAGACACAUCUGCACCAGGAAAAUAUGAAGGAGCAGCCCAUGGCUAGUCAAAAACAUGCCACCUAGCUAUUAAACAGUGUUUUCAGGCAGCCCAAAAUUGCCAUGUUUGUUGAAAGUCUGUGUAAAAAUGCCCCUCUCCACCCUAACCAAUGUGAGGAUUAUGAGGUGCUGCCAAUUUUGCUUUGCAGCAGAAUUCAUCUAUUUACUACUAUUUCCCCCUCUAGAAUACCCCAGUUAGCACUGCUGAACUAGUCUCCUAUUAAAGUGACUUGGGAAGAGAAUCAGUUUAAAAGUUUUCCAUUGGGUGCCUACCAUGAUCUUUCUACAAGAGUGCCAUUCCUGCUUUUUCCAUGCAUUUCUGCUCUAGAGGUGUAUGGAUAGUGGAUAGGACUUUAUAUAAUAGAUGCCCAGCAGGAGUUUGAACUCUUUUCACCUGCUGGUCUUUCAGCUUUGCACUGGGGGCAAACAACACAACAUUCCCCACUGUUGAGAUUUUUCAGCUGGACCAGUAGUCUGUGUUGCAAAACCACCCAGAUUAUGACAGUUUCACUUCCCACCUCCAAAGCCAGUUCCUUUUGGGAACUGUGAAAGAGAACUUUGUGUAAUAACAAACAGCCCCCGAAUCUAACUUUAAUUAGCUCUGAUCUGUUCUCUAAUAAGGGUGUGAGUGGCAGAAGCUUAACACAUCACAAGACCUCAGCAAGAGAAGCACUGUAGGAGUAACAGUCGCCUGGUUUGCACAGACUUUUGCAACUCCUAGCAGUUCAUCCAGAUUUUUUUAAAAAGCCCCUUUUGUUAUAGAAUUAAUUGUGACCAUUUCAGGGUGCUUAAAAUUUCCUUUGACAGGCCCCGGAUUAAUUAUUGGUUGCAGAUUUUAUCAGUCAUUUCACAUCACAGAGGACUUGCCCUACCAUAAGAGCUCAGCUGACUGAACCGGUGCAGCUGUAGUUGUGGCCUGUGGGUUACUAAAAUGGAGGCUGGGCUACGGGAGAACAGCAUGCUUGCCGUUGCAUAUGGGUGGUGGGAAUUAUUUCAGCGGCAAAAGCCCAGUGAAUUAGAUACAAUAUUGUUCUUCUGGCUUCAUAAGAGGCUUCUUUCCCCGUUCCACGAGCUGAGGGAACAGGCAAUAUUGCAAGGGGGGUGACUAGCUAAGGUGAAUGCCCUUGCAUUUAUAAGCCUUAAAAAAAAAUAUCAGGUAAGCUGCAUGGAUAAGCAGCAGUUGGCACAGAAGUAGAAGCACUCAAAAUGCAUAUUGCACAUUAAAACGGCAAUCAAGGUGGAGAGUAUUCCAAAGAUGUGCAUGUUAGCUUAAUUCUUCACCUAUUCAGAUCAACUGGGAGUUUAGCCACAGUGUGAGAAAUCUAGGUCAAUGCUGGCUGCCUUGGAGGAGAAGUGCUUUUUCGCAUUUAACUCCUACACACAUGAGCACUGCUGUGCUGGCCUCUAUUGUAUACAUGCCCAAAAGAGGUUCUAAGUUCAGUGCCUUUGAAUAAAUUUGUCCAGAGAAAGCCUGCUGUAACUCCUGAGCUUUGAAGCAAUAGAUAAAGAGUUAGAACAGACUUCCCCAACCUGGUGCCCUCCAGAUGUUUUGAACUAUAGUCCCCAUCCCCCUGACCAUUGCCAAUGGUGGCUGGGACUGGCAGGAGUAGCUGUGAUCUUCAGGAUCGCAGGUUGGAGACAAAUGGAUUGGAAACUCUAUUUAUUCAACUGUCAAAGUCAUGCAUAGGUUUGAAAAAACAGACACUUAAUGGGAAAGCGAUAGCUACUGUUAUUGGGAAAGUGAUAGCUACUGUUCGUUCAUUUUGCUAAGGACUAUGCAUUUGGGGAAAUGCAGCCCGGAGAGUGAGUUAGGGAGGUUAUGUUCCUUUAAGAGCAAAUAGAAGUUGGCCACCUUCGCAUAGGCCUAUUGAGCUUCCGUCUGCCAUGGAGCUUUUAAAAGAAUAGAACUAACUACUUAAGUAUUGCUUUCAAAAAGAGGGAGGGGCAAUUUAAAUAAUACUCAUUUGCUAGAUGUUGGGGAAUUCGAAAAAAGACUUAUAUUCCUGCUGGGAUAGAAUAAGCAACAGUUCGUAAACUGAAUUGUGCUGAAUCAACACCAGUGAAUCAACACUCUAAAACAAAAAAUCAUUUCUGCUGUAGUUAAAUCUGUCAAGUCUAAGCUUGCUCAUGCUGGGAAGUUGGACUUCUGCAGUGUUCUAAAGAAAGUAACUUGGUGAGCAACCACAGCUGGCAGCCAGGGGCAGCGUUUGGAUUGUUGCAGGAAAACAAGGGCAGAGCCACAGGCUGCAUUAUGGCCAUAGCUGUGGCCUCUUGCACCUGCCCUGAGAAAAAAGAGAGAGAUUGUAGUGGUGAUCUUCAGGAGCCUGCCUUGCUAAUCAACAUUAAACCAGCUGAAGCUCCUUGGGGCUGCCCUACCUCAGGCCUGCACAACUUGUGACGCACCAAACUGACUAUAACCUCGCCUGUAGCCUGCAAAGUCUUCUGCUUUUACAAUCCUAGACAUGCAGCAGAAAUGGGAGUCUUACAGAGUCUCGGACAUUGGUGAGUGAGCUGUUAUUCAACUUGGCAGGUGACAAAUUGCACAGGCCUGCCCUACCUUAAAAUCACAAACUAGAGUUCACCAGAAGCAUCUACAAUUUUAACUUGUUUGAUGCAUGCAGUUUCUGGGGAGCAAAGUUCUCCAGAACUUGUAUCAGCUUCCAGACUGCUGUGCUGGGGACCAACGGAGUUUCCCCCUCUUUGAGAACUUAGUUCCUUUAUGACAGAGCAAUAGUUGUGUGUAACUAAUGUAUAUAACCGCCAUCAUAUGCACCGGACGUGGCAUGACAACCAGCCUUCCCAUAACAUGUCUGGCACAACGUUUUAUAAUGAGCCUGCUCUUUUUAUAUCAGUCACCUUACCACUUUGAUGACAUUAUCUUACCAAGAUAACUUAUUUUUCCAAGUAAUUCCUGUGCCACUGUUUCUGCUUGUUUCAUUUGUGCUCCAACUCACACAGUACUAGACACUCAACAUACAUACACACUUGAAAUGCCUGUAUUUACAGCGAGGAGAAUGUGUACAACUUAGAAACUUUUGAGAGAAAAAGAAAAAUAAUAUGUAUAUGAACACUAAUAAAAAAGAUAUGUUUUUUUGA